AUGAUGCAAUGCCGCAGCAAUUUACCCCCCAGUCUCACACAGCUCAGGAAUGACCACCUCAAAGAGAACACAGGGCAGGCAUCUCUGCAGCGUCAAGGAAUUCCUGUGGAGGACAGAGUGAACAUUUUCAUCAACAGCUUUGGCUCCAUCCAGGAAACAACCAUGGAUUACAGAGUCAACAUCUUCCUGCGGCAGCGCUGGAAUGACCCCAGGCUGAGGCUCCCAGACGACUUCAAGUCAGAUUCGCUCACCGUUGAUCCCAAGAUGUUUAAAUGUCUUUGGAAACCUGACCUUUUCUUCGCUAACGAGAAGAGUGCCAACUUUCACGAUGUGACCCAGGAGAACAUUCUGCUCUUCAUCUUCCGCAAUGGAGACGUCCUCAUCAGUAUGAGGUUAUCCGUCACCCUUUCUUGUCCACUGGAUCUCACCUUGUUUCCAAUGGACACACAAAGGUGUAAAAUGCAACUGGAAAGUUUCGGAUACACCACAGAUGACCUGCGGUUCAUGUGGCAGACAGGAGACCCCGUGCAAAUGGACGCCAUAGCUCUGCCGCAGUUUGAUAUCAGGCAGGAAGAUAUCGAUUAUGGAAACUGCACCAAAUUCUAUGAAGGAACAGGAUACUACACUUGCGUGGAGGUUAUCUUCACCCUAAGGCGACAGGUUGGCUUCUACAUGAUGGGUGUUUAUGCCCCCACUCUGCUUAUCGUGGUUCUCUCCUGGCUGUCCUUUUGGAUCAACCCGGACGCGAGUGCCGCCAGAGUACCUUUGGGCAUCCUCUCAGUGCUCUCUCUGUCCUCUGAGUGCACGUCCUUAGCUUCAGAGCUGCCCAAAGUGUCCUACGUCAAGGCCAUCGACAUCUGGCUCAUUGCUUGCCUGCUAUUCGGUUUUGCCUCGCUUGUGGAGUACGCCGUUGUUCAAGUGAUGCUCAACAGCCCCAAGCGCAUCGAGGCGGAGAAGGCCAAGAUAGCAUCCAAAGAGAAGGCUGCUGGAAAGAGCCCCGCUGCCAGGAACAACACAGUCAACGGCACCGGAGGGACUCCGCUUCAUGUCAGCACCUUACAUGUUGCUGAGACCCGCUGCAAGAAGGUGUGCACCUCUAAAUCGGACCUGAGGACCAACGACUUCAGCAUUGUGGGUUCUCUCCCAAGGGACUUUGAGCUGUCAAAUUUCGACUGCUACGGGAAGCCCAUUGAUACUGCCCCUGGUCUUGGCAAAUCCCAGUCAAAGAACAACAAAAAACCUCCUCCUCCAAAACCAGUCAUCCCCUCUGCUGCCAAAAGAGUUGACCUGUACUCCAGGGCCCUUUUCCCUUUCUCCUUCCUCUUCUUUAAUGUGAUUUACUGGUCCAUAUACUUGUGA